UAUCUGCUGCAGAAUUCUCCCUCAUAUUAUGGAUAAAUGCUUUCAGUUAUAAAUGGACAAUUGUAAGCAUUUGUCGGCCAUUAAAAAAUGGAGCCAUUCGAUACUAAAUCCCCAGAAGUGGAUGUGUUAUGCAUGUGGCACAACAGAGAGUGUCUGGGCCUGCCUUAGUUGUCCUAGUGUAGCAUGUGGAAGAUUUAACGAGGAGCAUGCUCUAAAACACUUCAAAGAAACCCAGCAUCCAUUAUGUCUAGAGGUUAACGAGAAAUAUGUGUAUUGUUACCAAUGUGAUGACUACGUCCUAAAUGAUAAUGUCUCAGGGGAUCUGAAGAUCCUGAGGAAUGCAUUAAGUGCUAUAGCGACCCAGACCUUUACUGACGUGGAGUCGCGGGGCAGGAGGUUACUCAGGUCAUACUCCCACACCGCUGUCGUGUCACCCUUGAAAACAGAUGAAGAUGACAAGAUAGUUACAGCAGAUUUUCAUAGAAAACAGGUGUUACUGAGAAAGACAUUUACAGCAUGGAAACUUUACACACAGGGGAAGUACAUCAAGAAACAAAGAACACCAGUGAAAAGGAAAAUUGAGUCCCCCUUGGAAUGGAGUCCCGUUAUCAAAAGGAGAACCUUAAUUCCUGGAAUGACUGGUCUACGUAACCUUGGAAACACGUGUUACAUGAACUCUGUACUUCAAGUAUUAAGCCACUUGGAGGAAUUUCGAGAUUUUUUUCGACAUCAGAUCCAGCCUAGUCCCAGUAGAGUUGCCUCCCCUGAGAGCAGUCCCCACUCUUUGGUUGGGAGGAAGUGUGUAACUCCAGUGACCCUGUCUCCAAAAGCCCCAAAGAACUUCUACUCCAAGCCAGCAAAGAGACUGUUUAGUCGACAAACCACUAUAGAAUGUUUUGAGCAUUUAAUGACCCCAGAAAGAAAUCCAGUGACCCCUACCAAAGAGAGGCCAGGAGGUUUACAUGGAGGGUCACAACUGACCACACCCCUCAAAGGAAAACUGUUGUUAUCUGUGGAGAAAAAAGUCCCAACAAGUAACAUAUCCCUUUGUCAGGAGCUAAAUGGUCUUUUCCGAGUAUUAUGGUCAGGUAACUGGGCCCAGGUCAGUCCCCAUGGUUUCCUACAGGCUGUGUGGCAGAGGAUCCCCAUGUUUAAAGGCCACGCUCAGCAUGAUGCCCAGGAAUUCCUCUGUGAAUUGUUGGAUAAAGUUCAGAAUGAGCUGAGUGACCUUGACCUUUUUGACAUUGUGUCAGAUAUGUUUCAAGGUGAACUGGUCAGUCAGGUGAAGUGCCUUGUUUGUGGAAAUGUCUCAGAAACAAAGGAGCCUUUUAUGGAUCUCUCUUUAGAAUUCCCAGAAAGAUAUCAGUUUACCUCCCUCAACGCAAGCAUAGCUCAGGACAUCUGUCACAUUACAGAAAUGUUGUACAAAUUUACUGAAGAAGAAACUUUAGAGGGAAGGAUUUACCAGUGUGAAAAAUGUAAUGCUCGAAGAAAGAAAAGGACUUCAAAUUCCAUCUAUACUGAGGCACAGAAAAGACUGCUGCUGAAAAGACUGCCAAAUGUGCUUAGACUGCACCUCAAAAGAUUUAGGUGGUCAGGCCGGAACCACAGGGAGAAAAUCUCUACACAGGUGGCCUUUGAUGAUGUCCUAGAUAUUGAACCUUUCUGUGAUAAGUCAGAUAUGGAGAAGGAGGAGAGCUAUACCUAUAAUCUGCUGGGGGUCAUCAUUCACCACGGCAGAGGGUUUGGGAGUGGUCACUACACGGCCUGCUGCUGGAAUGCAGAAGCUAAUUCAUGGAUCAAUUGCAAUGAUUCCAGGGUAAAACUUUGUUCCAAGGAGGAAGUAUUAAUGAGCCAAGGAUACAUUCUUGUUUACACCAAAAAUGUUCUUGAAGAUUUAUCUCCCUUGGAAAAGUCAAACUCAAGUGUUUUAUCAGAGUGUUCCACAGACAAAAGCCCUUUACAAAAAAGCUUAUCCCAAAAAGUGGACGCAGACAUAACCUUCAAUUUUAAAACUCCUUCCACUGAUGAAGUGACAUUGAAAUCCAGAAAGAGAAGUCAAGACUCGCUUGACUUUAAACCGGAACAAAGAAUCAUCAAAAGACGAAGAUCUACAAUGUGGUAGUAAUAAGAAAGAGGUCAAAGAGAUCCCAUUAGUAUUGGUUAUAAGUUUACAGUUUGUAAUAUCAGGCAGCAGAACAUAUGAUAUAUGCAGCUUUUUUUAAAUGUAUUUUGUUUCAAGUAAGGCAGAUGCAUGUUAAUUAAACUGCCUUCAAGUUUACAUUGUUGGAUAAGAAACCAAAUAAUCAUUGUAGCAUAAAAUAGGUGCAAGCUGGGAAAGAAACCAAGCAAUUAUUGUAACAUAUAAUAGA